AUUUUAGUAUCAUUUAAAUAAUUCUCACGUGCAGUUCGACAGUGCUCGUGUAGAAUAAGUUGAAAUCCAAAUCUGUAAAUCUGUAAAUCCGUAUCCAUCAGCAGCGUUAUUAUGCCGAUGUAAAAUGAAUGCAUUGCGUAAUAUAUUUACCUCGCGUACCCUAAACUAUCUCCGCCAGAAUGGACAGAACGCGAUCCUCAAUGCCACACAGCAGCAGCCAGCGGUUGUGCCCCUGCCCGACACUGAUGCGGAUCAAGCGCUGAAGGAUUCUCUGCGGACAGCGCCACUCUCAAUACCGCGCUCCAUACUUGACGCCUGUCGCUUUACGGCCAAGCCGUUUGACAUUGGUGGCAACAAUGGAGCCAAUGGGGCCAAGAAGCCAGCGGGUUCAUUGUCGCCGACAACGUUGAAGCGCUUUCGACGCAUGCAACGCCGGAUGGAGUUGGUGUAUCUGUGCAAGCUGUGCAACACCCGCAACACGAAGACCAUCAGCGAGGAAGCAUACAACAGUGGUGUGGUUAUACUGCAGUGUGACGGCUGUGCUGUCGAUCAUCUGAUCAAGGACAACCUCGGCUUAUUCGCCAACGGCAACGGCAGCAUGAACGUCGAGGAAGUCCUGGCCAAGCGGCAUGAGCGUGUCCGGAUCAUUAAAGUCAACGAGCAUGGGGAACUCAUUUAGUUCUAGUCAGUAGUCAGGACAGUGAUGCAGUGUCGUCAUGUCAACUCUCAAUUCGGAUCAGUCAAUCCCCCCACUCCCAGCAACAAUUUCUUAACUUUUGUUUUGGUUUUGUUCUUUUGGAUGUUUGUAUAUAUACACAUACUAUAUAAAUAUGAGAGCCAACGGCUAAAUAUAAAUUGUUAAAGUUGAGAUGUCGCCGGUCAAACCUGCCAUGAGUAAUAACAAAUUAACAAUUAACAAAUUAAAAAGAUAAAGAAAAACAAAUCGAACAACACA